AUGGGGAACUUAUUAGAGGCUAGAAUCAGCCUUUUGGUUACGGAAGAUCAAAUCGAGCGAGCAAGAGCGCCAAACGAUGAUUGGUUAGCUAAUGGUGAGGACAAUGUUGUUCUCCAAUUUGCAAAUGUGGGGAAGCUCAUGAAAGGCAUACAAAAUGUUCAGUGUCUAGACUUGUCUGCUAAUACUCUCGAGGUGCUUUCUCUAUGCUGUGAAUCUUUACCAGUGUUUAACAACCUCAAAUCGUUAACUAUUAAGAGUGAGGAGAGUCGAGGAUGGCAAGCAAUGCCAGUUCUUCUAAGGAACUGUCCACAUUUAGAAACUCUAGUCCUUGAGGGUCUCUUUCACCAUGUCACAAAUAAAUGCGGGGAUGCUUGUGACUGCGUUUCUCGAGAGGAACGUUCACUCACAUCUUGUCCAGUAAAAAAUUUAGAGAUUAGAGGGUUUCAAGGAACAAUGAAAGAAAUGAACAUGAUAAAGCAUUUCUUGGACUAUUUUCCGUGUUUGAAGGAGAUAAACAUCUAUAUUGAAGAGAAUGCACCUGAAGUGACGGAAGUUAUCGCGAAGAGGAUGAAACUCUACAACAAGUUAUCGAAUUGCAAUGUGCGGCUCUUGGUAAGUGGUUAUUUGUAUAAGGAGUGGAGUGCACAAUGA